AUUCUCCAAGAAGUGAAUUAAGACUUAAAAUAGAGGAGCGCUAAAGAAGCAAAACUAUAGCCCAAAAUCACACAGCAGGAUUGGUUGGGCUGCGUAAUGUUUCCAACCAAAUCGGAGUUGAGGUAAGAUGAUACGUCAGAUAUUUUGGGUUGGACCCGCCGGCACAAAUGUCUAGGCCAAUGCAGAAUUGGCAAACGGGAAAUCCACAAAUCUCAAGAAAUUCAUUCCAAUGAAAGCCACAGGACAAUUAGCUGACGUAUAUCUGGAGCAAAAUUUGAGAGUGCUGCCAGCCAAGGCCUUUCUUACAUUAAAACAAUUGGCUAACGUUAAAGAGUCUUCUAUGACAGAAGAAGGCUGAGAAAUCCUACUCAUAUGAAGUCUCCUUCAACAAAAUAAUUAGCAAGUUUAGCUCCUCCUCCGCUGCUUCUUUCUUGGUUAAUUGCGCAAAAACAGAAUACUUAAAUACUCCAAUCCGUUUCAAUCAGCAUCUCUGCUCACUGUCAGCGUUGGCACUUAACCAUGAGUUCACAGAGUGUAAAAGAGGACUGCCUUGCAUGGGCAGCUAGAGAUCCAUCUGGAGUUUUAUCACCUUACAAGUUUAGCCGCAGGGCUGUCGGCGAAGAUGAUAUUUCACUAAAGAUUACACAUUGUGGAAUCUGCUAUGCAGACUUUAUUUGGACUAGGAAUAAGCAUGGAGAUUCAAAGUAUCCCUUAGUGCCAGGACAUGAGAUUGUCGGAGUUGUAAAAGAGGUUGGUUCCAGCGUUACCCGCUUCAAGGCUGGUGACCGUGUUGGUGUUGGCACUUAUGUUAACUCAUGCAAGGAUUGUGAUUAUUGUAAUGACAGGCAAGAAGUUUAUUGUGUAAAAGGGUCAGUUUUAACUUUUAAUGCCAUUGAUAUGGAUGGUACAGUUACAAAAGGAGGAUAUUCUAGUCACCUUGUUGUCCAUGAAAGGUACUGCUUUAGGAUACCCAAUGAUUAUCCUUCAGCUUUAGCAGCACCUUUGCUUUGUGCUGGAAUCACUGUAUACAAUCCCAUGAUGCGGCAUGGGAUGAACCAACCGGGUAAAGCUCUAGGAGUAAUUGGUCUAGGUGGCCUUGGUCACAUGGCAGUGAAGUUUGGGAAGGCGUUUGGACUGAAAGUUACAGUUUUUAGCACAAGCAUAUCCAAGAAAGAAGAAGCCUUGAGUGUGCUUGACGCAGACAAUUUUGUUGUCUCAUCUGACCAAGAACAGAUGAAGGCCUUCUCUAAUUCACUAGAUUUUAUAGUGGACACGGCAUCUGGUGAUCACCCAUUUGAUCCAUACAUGUCCCUCUUGAAGACUGCUGGGGUUCUUGUCCUUGUGGGAUUCCCAAGUGAAGUGAAAUUCAGUCCUGCGAGUCUCAAUCUCGGUAUGAAAACUGUAUCUGGCAGCAUUACAGGCGGUACCCAAGUGACACAGGAAAUGCUGGACUUCUGUGCUGCUCAUAAAAUCUACCCCAAGAUAGAAUUAGUUCCUAUUGACUAUGCAAAUGCUGCUCUUGAAAGGUUAGUAAAGAGAGAUGUGAAGUACAGGUUUGUGAUAGACAUAGAGAACUCCUUGAGUGAUACUGUAUAAGCAGAACGGAGGAUCUCUGCUAUAGCGUAGAAGGGCAAUUGGUUGGAAAUACUUCACAGAUCUGAAGAAAGGAUUUUAGUAUUGGUCCUGCAUCUCAUAUAACAACUGAACGAUGAAUGAACUUGAUCAAGAUGAGCGUCAAAUCCCACUAUUUCUCAAAUAGUAGGCAACUGAAUAAAUUUCAAAAGAUCUGAUGGACUUUUGGAUGCCAUGUAUUCUUGUCUGUUGAUAGACUUCUGUAUCUGUACCUUAGAACAAUAUAGAGUUUGACUCUCAAAUUACCUUUUUCAUCUAGUUUCUAACCCAGUUGGAAAAUCUUGCUGUUGAAUCUGAAACUCUCUCCUGUUCUUAUCUUAGUUGUCAUCAAUAUUUUCAGGUGCUACAUCUCUUAA